AUGACCUCUGAAAGAAAUCAGAGUGGUACAGUCAUAUUCAUUCUCUUGGGAUUUUCUGACUACCCAGAAUUUCAGAUUAUUCUCUUUCUGGUUUUCUUGGCCAUGUAUGUGACUACUGUGAUGGGGAAUCUUGGGAUGAUUGCAAUCAUUAUCACGAAUCCCAAAUUACACACUCCAAUGUAUUUUUUCCUUAAACAUUUGUCCUUUGUGGAUUUCUGUUAUUCCACUGCUGUUACACCAAAGCUGUUGGAAAACUUAGUUGCAGAAGAUAGAACAAUGUCUAUCCCUACUUGUAUCACCCAGUUCUUCUUUACUGCUCACUGUGCUUUGACUGACACAUUCAUCUUGGCAGUGAUGGCAUAUGAUCGAUUUGUGGCCAUUUGCAAUCCCCUUUUAUAUAUGAUCAUCAUGUCCCAGAAACGUUGUGCACUGUUGAUGACCAUAGCAUACUCCUGGGGCAUACUCUUCUCUCUUCUCUUCACCUACUCUCUCCUUGUAUUGUCUUUUUGCGGGACUAACAUCAUUAAUAAUUUUGUUUGUGAGUAUUCUGGUAUCCUCUCUGCCUCCUGCUCUGAUAAGCACUUUAGUGAGCUCAUCCUUUUUAUAGUCGCAAAUUUUAAUAUGUUGAGUACACUCAUAAUCAUAUUCACUUCUUAUAUUUUUAUUUUUGUAACCGUCAUGAGGAUGCGUUCUUUUAGGGCAAGGCAUAAGGCCUUUUCCACUUGUGCCUCUCACCUGACAGCUGUUGGAAUCUUUUAUGGAACAGUCCUUUUCCUCUACUGUAUACCCAACACCAAAAGCUCCUGGUUCACCAUCAAAGUGGGCUCUGUUUUCUAUACUGUGGUCAUCCCCAUGCUGAAUCCCCUAAUCUACAGCCUGAGAAACAAUGAUGUAAAGGAAACAUUCAGGAGAUUAAUGAGAAAAAAAUGA